UCUAACGACCAGUGGCAGAGGAAAACCCGGAGAUUUUCUGUGGUUUAGUGAAAAUGUCUAAAGUCCAAAUGCUGAGAUCUUUAGUCAAUCAGCGACUAACUGCGGCUGCUGAGGAGAUAUUUGGUCUGUUUGAAGGAACAAUAGCAGAGUACGAGGAGGAAGUUUCUGCUUUAAAAGAGGAGAACGAGCGACAACAGAAACUACUGGACGCUGUUUUCAACCCUCAGCUUCGGUUACACAGAGCAGACGUCCAGCAGCUGUUGGUGAUUAAAGAAGAGGUUCCCCCUGAGCAGCAGGAGUGGAGCUCCAGUCUGGACCAGGAGGACCCAGCGCCAACUCUUUUCAGAUGUCCUACGCACCUGUAAAUAAAUGUUGGAAAAAGGGAAAGAAAAGAAAAACCGGAGGGAAAGUCAGAGCUAAGGCCAAGACCCGCUCCAGUUCCCAGUCGGUCGUGUUCACAGGCUGCCCCGUCUACCUGGCGGCUGUGCUGGAGUAUCUGACCGCUGAGAUCCUGGAGUUGGCUGGAAACGCUGCCCGCGACAACAAGAAGUCUCGUAUCAUCCCCCGUCACCUGCUGCUGGGCGGAGUGACCAUCGCUCAGGGCGGCGUGCUGCCCAACAUCCAGGCUGUUCUGCUGCCCAAGAAGACCGAGAAUGCCUCCAAGUAAACCUGGAGCCUCUCUGACUGCUGGAACCAGAACCUCAAACACUCACCUGAUAAAGAGCUUUGUAUUCAGGCGUCCCAAUAACAAAAACAUGCUAAUAUUUUAAAAACACAAUUUGCAUUUUUAGACUAAAGUAUAUUAAUUAUGGUUAUUGAUAUAAAGCUGAUCCCAACAGUUAUUCCAGAGGCUGAGGUCACUUUACAUACAAACUUUAGUUUGAGUCUCAUUUGAUUGACACAUUAAUAAUGCUCUAUUGAUGAAAACAAAGUGAAGCAAGUUAUUCGGUUUUGGAAAAACAUAAUUGCAAAAACAUUGUAGUUUGUGUUUUGCUGUUUUCAUCUUUUUGAAGUUGUAUCUGUAAUGAGGCUGCAAUUAUGUAAAAUAAAUGAUUUCAGACCACAAAGUUUAGAAAGCUGUUUAAUGUUUUUCAGGGCUGUAAUUACCAAUUAUUUAUUAUCAGCUCAUCUGAAGAUUAUUUUCUCAAAAAAACAAUUGUCAUUAAAUGAAAACGCACUAGAAAUUAGUCCUAAAAUGAAACACACAUGUGGCCUUUUCUUUUUCUGUGUGCAGGUACAGCAGUUUACUAUACAGUGUUGUCAUACAUUUAUCAAACACACACACACACACAGGUAUCAAAAUGUAAUGUAAGGGGGAACGUUUAUUAUUUUCU